GGCGGGGGUGCGUGUGUGUGUCGCUGCGCCCGGACCCGCCCCGUCCGCCGGGAGCUGCCGCCUCCUGCUGCCACCGCCGCCGCAUCCGCGCCCGAGGAAGGAGCCGGGAGCCGCGGCUCGAUCCGAGAACCAUACACCAUGUCUUCUGUUGAUUCCUCAAAAGAAGAUACAAUGUCACCGGAAAAAACGGAUGAGAAACGACCUGAAACUGAAAACAAAGCUGAGGAAAGUGAUGAAGAUGAAGAAGAGGAAGAAGAGGAGGAGGAAGAAGAGAAAGAGAAGAGUCUCAUCGUUGAAGGAAAAAGGGAGAAGAAGAAGGUUGACCGGCUGACCAUGCAAGUGUCCUCAUUGCAGAAGGAACCUUUUACAAUUACACCAGGAAAAGGACAAAAACUGUGUGAAAUUGAAAGGAUACAGUUCUUUCUGAGCAAAAAGAAGACAGAUGAACUAAGGAACCUGCACAAACUCCUCUACAACAGGCCAGGCACUGUUGCAUCCCUAAAGAAGAAUGUGGGUCAGUUCAGUGGAUUCCCAUUUGAAAAAGGAAGUGAUCAGUACAAAAAGAAGGAAGAAAUGUUAAAAAAAUUUAGAAAUGCAAUGUUGAAAAGUAUCUGCGAAGUUCUUGACUUAGAAAGAUCAGGAGUUAAUAGUGAGCUGGUAACCAGAAUAUUAAACUUCUUAAUGCAUCCAAAAUCUUCAGGCAAGCCAUUGCCAAAGUCAAAAAAAACACCAAGCAAAGGUGGCAAAAAAGAGCGCAGUAGCUCUGGAUCAACAAGAAAAGCAAAACGCACCAAGUGCCCUGAGAUCUUGUCAGAUGAAUCCAGUAGUGAAGAAGAUGAAAAGAAGGAAAAGGAUGACUCUUCAGAAGAAAAAGAAAGUGAAGAUGAGCCCCCUAGAAAAGCAUCUAAAAGAGAAAAAUCUAAAAAGGUGACUUCCAAAACCAAGAAAGCUGUGAAGAGUGCGAAUGUCAAGAAGGCAGACAGCAGCACUACUAAGAAAAAUCAGAACAGUUCUAGAAAAGAAAAAUGGGCUGACAGGAAUCUCAUAAAGGUCAACAAAAACAAAUGCAGCAUCCUGCUUCUGGAAUGGAGUGAUUCCAUAGUAGUGUGUGUAGGGACAGUGGUGUCCUCCUAA